UCUUCCGAUGCGACUCAGCGAUGUCCGAUCGGCUGGAGCUGCUCGGAAGCCACUGGGAUGGCUUACCGAGUCUUCUUCGCAGCAAGCGACGGGACGUAUACAGGUACGACAAACGACGACACGGCAAGACGAGGGCUCUUCUCACGGGAUGAGGCAGCUGCGUUUUGUAGUCGUGUCUUGCCUGGGUCGUCCUUUCUCGCCACAGUAGAUUCGCUGACCGAUUUCAAUUUCCUCCAGUCCUCGUCAGGCGUAUUCAAUGUCGCUGGAGGAGAGGCGCUUCCGACCAGUGACGUAUGGCUCGGUUUGCAGUGGGAUGGCACGAAUGCGCAGUGGGUGUGGCGCGAGGAUCCUUCUGGCAAUUCGCUUGCCCUCACGAGCAAGUGGAAGGCAGGUGAACCCAAUGAAGCAACCUACUGCGUCUCGCACUCCAUUGACGGCAGUGGCUGGGCUGACCGACCGUGCGCAACAGCAUUACCUGCUCUCUGUGGUGUUCGCUAUUUGUCA